AAUGAACAAAACCUCUGUAAAAAGAUAAUCAAAAUUUUCUAUCCAAAAAUACUUCAAAACACACAUAAUCCAUUAAAACUCUGACACAAACAAGCACUAAAAGCUGAUGAGCCCUCCAGCCUGUUAAGACAGAUGCUGUAGACCCUCCAGCAGCACCGCCAGAUGUUGGAGUCCAGCCCUUAUCUCCACCCUAACGUGCGUGCGCAUGCAAUAACCAUGAGAGGUGCGUGUGGAUGUGUGAAAGGUGAGCUAGAAAAAGGUUGUGGUGGUGAAGGGUGGGUGAGGGAGGGAGGGAAAGAGGGAGGGAGGGAGAAAUAGAUAAGCAUCAUGCAGCCAAAAAAAUUCAAUCCAUCUCGUGCGGCUUGAUUUUCGCAGAGGUCUGCGCGUGUGCAGGAGCAGCCUUGGCUCUCUGCUCACGAGCGCACAGCACCAUUUGCUGGAAAGCCAUUAGAAUAAAAUAGAAACUUCACUUUCUCUCCUUCCUCGGCUCUGUUUCUCUCUUUUUUUCUUUCUACAGCCACAGGACGGACAGUCGAUUUUUAACUUGCAAAAUUGUUGUUUUAUAUGGAGAUGUUUUCAGUGAUUUUGCAUUGCGGCCUGAGUUGUCACACUUGCACUAAAUGAAAAGGACGCUCUGUGACAGGGGAGGGGCGGCAGUUGGGGAGUUUUGUAAGGACAGGCGCGCGGGGCAUCAUUUAUGCGCGAGGGCGCAUCGAGAGAGCUGCGCGCGGACGCAGCGUCCUCAGAGGGUCAUGGACAGAUUCUGGUUAAAGAUGUGAGGGGGGGGGGGGGGGGGGCGUCACUGACGGACUGAUUUUCUUGGCACCUUUCUGUGCUCCAGAGAGCGCGGUCGCACGCUCGCUUGCGCACGCGCGCGGACGGCAUGGAUUCGUUUAACGCCAGCGGGAUGGACGCCUUCACGGUGAUCCAUCUGAACUCCUCCUGGAGCCUGGAUGGCGGAUAUUCUUUGGCGGCGGUCGCUGGGAUCGCCGCCCUCGUAAGUUUUCUCAUUCUUUUCACGGUUGUGGGGAAUAUUCUGGUGGUGAUCGCCGUGUUAACGAGCCGGGCGCUGAAAGCCCCCCAGAACCUUUUCCUGGUGUCUCUGGCCACCGCGGACAUCCUGGUCGCCACUCUGGUGAUGCCCUUUUCCCUGGCCAACGAACUCAUGGGCUACUGGUAUUUCGGGAAAGUUUGGUGCGGCAUCUAUCUGGCUUUGGAUGUUCUGUUCUGCACCUCCUCCAUCGUCCAUCUGUGCGCAAUCAGCCUGGACCGGUACUGGUCCGUCACGCAGGCUGUGGAGUAUAACCUGAAGCGGACCCCCAGGCGCAUCAAGUGCACCAUUCUCAUCGUGUGGCUCGUGUCUGCCUUCAUCUCUUCUCCUCCUCUGGUGUCCAUUGACAGGAACAAUGACAUCAGCUCGCAGCCUCAGUGUGAGCUCAAUGAUGAGACUUGGUACAUCCUCUCCUCCAGCAUUGCCUCCUUCUUCGCGCCCUGCCUCAUCAUGAUCCUGGUGUACAUCAGGAUAUACCAGGUGGCCAAAACCAGAACCAGGAGCAUGUCGGAAAAGAAGCCCAAGCCGGAUGGCGUCACGCAGACUGAAAACGGACUGAGCAAAGUCUCCUCUCCCCUCCACGGGGAGGCGGAGAACGGUCACUGUCACUGCCCGCCUACGCCCAGCCAGCGCACGGUCACCACAGGCCCACAGACCCAAGAGGUUGACGUGGAGGAGAGCUCCUCCUCAGAGGGCAAAGGUCACAACCCGCAGAGGCAGGACUCCCAGAGAGCAAGGAAGGCGAGGAAGAGCUCCUUCUCCAAACACUCCGCCCACAUCUCCAGAGUCAGCAACAAGUCUAUGGAUCUGUUUGCCUCCAGGAGGAAACGCCGCCGCAGCUCCUUCGCCAGAAAGAAAGUUUCCCAAGCCAGAGAAAAGAGAUUUACGUUCGUCCUGGCGGUUGUCAUGGGAGUGUUUGUCAUGUGCUGGUUCCCCUUCUUCUUCAGCUACAGCCUGUACGGCGUGUGCAGGGACUCCUGCAGGAUCCCUGACCCGCUUUUCAAAUUCUUCUUUUGGAUCGGUUACUGUAACAGCUCCCUGAACCCGGCCAUCUACACCAUAUUUAACCGCGACUUCCGGCACGCUUUCCAGAAGAUCCUGUGCAAGGCGUGGAAAAAGUCCUCCUAGAGGCGGAGCUCUGCAGCCGCCACGGCGUGACAGCCUCAAAGGGAACAGAAGAAAGCGAAUGAUGUUUGUUAUUAUUGCUUUUCGUUACGUCACGCUGACAUGUUGUGUGUCAUUCAAAGCAGCACACAGCCUACAAGCCGUGUAGCUUUGUUUCCAUUACAGGCUUCAAAACUGAUGAAUGACUUGUUGCUACAGAAAUGUGCUUCAACAGUCUAACAUGGAGGGAAAAGCUCUGCAGCCACAACAGAUGCUCACAUUUCUCUGGCAUGAGGAAAAUAAAAGAACACGCACAUUGU